UUGUCCACAAGAGGGCAGAAGUGACACGCUUCACUCUCUUGCUAUAUAUUAUUAUAUUUUAAAGGCAUUGGAGUGGAUUUUUCUCCCGUUAUUUAAUUUAAUUCAAUUGAAAGUACUUACACCUCAAGAAUCUAUAUAAUUGAUAUGAUUUCUAAUCUAAUCUCAUUUAAUAAGAUCUAACAUGCCUCGGUAUACUUUGGUGCUUUGAACAUUUGUCCACAAGAGGGCACGUGUGACUCGCUUCACUAUGUCCUUACAAGUGGUUACAUAGAUUUAUUUUGACCAAAAUAUUUCUUAAGACAAAAUGUGUUUGAACCAUAUUGAAAAAAACUAGAUACAUUUAUAAGAUCUAAAAUGUCUUUUUUGUUUUUUAGUUGCUGCUGUAUUGCAUUACGUUCUUACUCUAUAAAAGAGGCAGAUCCAUAUCCUUAUGAUCAAUUAUUAAAAGCCAGUAACCCUAAAUCUUUUAUGCUGAUUUAUAAAAUCUGAUCAUGUUUUUUAACUUUCAGUCUGAUACUGAAUACGUAAUUGAUAAUCAUCUGUGACAGUGAAGACAAUGACGGUGAUGGUGAUGAUGAUGAUGACUGAUGAUGAUGAAGUGGUCAGGGGCGGAGCACAGGGAAAGUCGGUGUGGAGCUGACACUCAGUUUAGUGAUAGUUGCUGUUGCCGUAGCUGGACAUAGAACACGUCUGAACAUCAUGGAGCUCCUGAACCAGAAGGAGCAGCAGGAGGAUUCACAUGAGCUGAGGGUCCAGGUUACAGCAGGAGCAGAGAGUGGUCCUUUGUUGCCUGUUGAAGAUGAAAGUGACGAUGGUAUUGAUGAUGGAGGACGUCUGAGUCUCCGUGCUCUCACUGGAUGCGUCCUCUGUGUCCUGAUUGUCUCUACGCUGCUGGGGAACACUUUAGUUUGUGUUGCUGUCAUCAAGUUUCGACACCUGCGUUCCAAAGUCACCAACUCCUUUGUUAUUUCUCUUGCGGUGUCAGAUCUGUUUGUGGCAGUUCUGGUGAUGCCAUGGAGAGCCGUGUCAGAGGUGGCCGGCAUAUGGCUCUUUGGAGACUUCUGUGACACUUGGGUGGCCUUUGACAUCAUGUGCUCCACAGCUUCCAUCCUUAAUCUGUGUGUCAUCAGCCUGGACCGUUACUGGGCCAUCUCCAGUCCCUUCAGGUAUGAGCGCAGGAUGACCCGCAGAUUUGCCUUCCUUAUGAUUGGCGUGGCCUGGACUGUCUCCAUCCUCAUAUCCUUCAUCCCUGUUCAGCUCAACUGGCAUCGUGCACAUGUAGACAACCUGACCACGGACAACUUGGAUGACUGCAAUGCUAGCCUUAAUCGGACCUAUGCCAUCUCCUCGUCUCUCAUUAGCUUUUAUAUUCCUGUCCUUAUCAUGGUGGGAACGUACACUCGUAUCUUCCGCAUUGCACAAACUCAAAUCAGAAGGAUUUCAUCAUUAGAGAGGGCUGGGGGACCUCGUGUUCAAAAUCAAAGACUGCACCGGGGAUCAACACACGACGAAAGUUCGCUUAAAACCUCCUUCAAGAGAGAAACAAAGGUCCUGAAGACUUUGUCUAUUAUUGUGGGAGUGUUUGUGUUCUGCUGGCUACCAUUCUUUGUCCUUAACUGUGUGGUACCUUUCUGUGACCCUGAAAAGGUUGGAGAGCCCCCAUGUGUCAGUGACACCACCUUCAGCAUAUUUUUCUGGUUCGGCUGGGCCAACUCUUCCCUGAACCCAGUAAUAUACGCCUUCAACGCAGAUUUCCGAAAAGCCUUCUCCACCAUACUGGGCUGCAACAGAUGCUGCUCCUCAUCCACGGUGGAGGCCCUGGACCUGAGCAACGAGCUGGUGUCAUAUCAGCAUGACACCACCCUGCAAAAGGAGGCGCAGGGGCCUGGAGUUCAGAGAUUCAUAACAGCUGCUCCUGCUCCUCUACCCAACACAGGAGAUGAGCAGAACUUUGACAACGUCUCUGUGGUUUCAGAUGAAUCACGGAACCAGAGGAACUCAUUGUUGCUGCUUCCUGACAUCCUUCAGUACGAGGCAGAGAUUUCAUUAGACAUGAUGCCCUUCAACUCCUCUGGACCAAAUGAAUGUUACAACAUCCCGGGCCAGAUCCAGGACUUGUAAUGGAGCUGGACUUUAAUUUCUUAUUAGGUUGGCCAGCAACAGUCCACAGAUUUUAGGUCCAGACACCAUAUUUACAGUGUUGGUACAGACAAACGAUUAAGGGUUAACUAAUUCUAGGUUUUACAAUAUAUAUUUUUAAUUACAAAUUUAUAAUGUUUACACUUCUAUUUUUAUUGUAAAUAAAUUGAAAGUUGCUUCUUUGUAACCAAGGUGUUCUUGUUUAUCAAACAGUUUAAACUUAUAUAUGCACAUAGUUUUAAUAACAAAUGUGAAUUUUAGCACACCCGAGCUGGUAUUAGUGUAGUAAAUGUUAGGAGCUUUCACGAUGGUGCUAAUGGCUUUCAGCAAAUGUUUGGAGAUUUGUGCCAAUAUGUAGAACUUUAGUGGAGACGAGGGUCAUAUCAAAUUCGGUUUCUUAGCCUUUCCUUUUUGUUGCCUACUCUGUCUGUGAUUGAUUUAAAUGAAGAGUCACUGCCUCAUUGGAUCAAAGCAUCCUCUCACUAGACUUUCCCUUUGAUGUAAUAAAGAUGGCUGACACAACGAGGGCAGCUCAGUAAUAACAAUUAUAUCGUUGCCACGAGUGCCUAAUUGCCCCUUCAAAUAAUUGCCAGCAGUUCUGUCGUUUCACCAUCAGUAAACAAAAAGCUUCACUUUAGACCUGAUGUGCAACUUCCAGCAGGGGAGUUCUGUCAGACUGGACAUGGUUCCACUGUGCAACACUGGAGCCAAAUACAUGUUAAAUGUUCAAGGUCAAACAAUUACAAAAGUCAAUGGAGAUGGAUAGCUAACAGGUUAGCCAGAUAGCCUAGUAGGCCUGUGUGUUUGAUCUAGGACUUUAAUCACAGUAGAAAGACAUUUUCCAUUGAACCUUCAGGUGUCUGUUAAGAAAGUGGAAAAUUAAAAAUGAUAAUUAUACCUUUCAGCCAGAUAAUGACUUAGAUGGAUAGUACAUUUAAAUCAUGUAAGAAAAAAAGUUCAUGUACAGGGGAUUUCCUACAGUAAGUGAAGUAGAGUUUAAAACAAUUCAAGGUGUGCCACAUUAACACACUCCCACAUAAGACAAAGGUAGAUUUUAGUAAAGGUUAAUCAGCACAGUUGUUUCGACACUGCUGUCACAUUCAGCAGACUUGACUUCACAGAGGGAAUCAAAGAGGUUUCUUCCCCACUACAUCAAAGCAGAGUGCAUCACAUCACACUCCACAUCACUGAAGCUGCCUCCGUUUGUUGGUUCAUUUGGAUCCUCCCAACCUCUGACCUCAGGCUGCAGCAGCAGUAACAGAUGCAUUCUGGAACAAAAGCUUCAAACAGUGGGAUAUAGGUGGACGUCUACAGUAAACAGCCAGGCUGCAGUGGGAAGACAGACCAACAGAACCCUGCCGCUGCUGAUGGAACCAGGGGUUCUCUUGUUUGAGGUUGAGGAGACUCCUUUAGCUCUAAUCUAAAAUAACCCAUUUAAACUAUUUGACUUGAACCUGAAUUUAAGUAGAUCCAUACUUUUGAGACAAACAUGUAAAGCAAAAUGUAGUAAUUUAUAGGAAGGGUGAAAAGGAAUCAGGUCAGCCAGGCCACACUGAACACAGGCGCUGCUGUCUGUUAGUGUCAGUGACUGUU